CCAGUUUUGUUUCCAUUUCAGGAUCCACAUGCUUCUAAUCGUCGCCGACUGGACUCUAAUUGUUCUGAUUUUAGCGAUACUUAUGAUGAUGACCUUCUGAAUUACCUUCUUAUCAUUUUGCCCGAAAGUGUUGAAGAAAAUGAAUUUGAAUGUCCGGGUAAGAGCAAGGGAACAUUGGAAGUUAAGCCUAUUGUAAAGAAGACAUUUACAGCUCUUAAGGGGGAUGAACCGCAGAUAAUAAGGAAAACUGAUUUUGCCUCUGAUGAGAAUGGAGGUGAUUCGGUAGAACCCGAUUCUGUUCAUUUCAAUUCAUUGCAAUCAUUGUCAUCAAACAAGAUAGCUCAACAUCAUGCGCGAGGUCCCCCAAGUCGCGUUUUGUUAAAACAUCCGAGUGGUGACCGGCAUCCCAAUCCAAAUUACCAGUCCAGGGCAAAAAGCCAUGCGGGGCUGCAAGUUCAAAUUAAAAGCGAUCUGGCUGAGUAUGAACUAAAUGUUUGGCGUCAUCGCCAAAGUUCUGUGCGUCGUCUAGGUUUCGACUGUGAUCUAGAUGGUUUUGAGUUGGAUCCUGCUCAAUUAUCUGACUCCCUUUCUUCUUACGGAUCCGUGGCCAGUUUAUAUGAAAGAGUAAGUGUUACUUUUUCUUAA